AUGGAGAAAUUUUUGGGUCAAAAUAAGAAGAUUCAUGAGCUGCUGCUGCUUCCUGCGGUUAAUGAUGAGCAUGGAGGAGUUAUUGUAGAAUUAAAGGAUCCUAUGGACACCAAUGUCUUCCGUUUCAUGCUUAAGGCUUCUAUAAAACAGUGGAAGCUACAGGGAAAGAAGGGUCUGUGGAUUAAAUUUCCUAUUGAACUUGCAAAUCUCAUUGAAAUUGCAGUAAAGGAAGGGUUUUGGUACCAUCAUGCAGAACCUCAUUACCUCAUGCUUGUGCAUUGGAUUGCUGAUACUGAGAGUACCAUUCCUGCAAAUGCCUCACAUAAAGUCAGCAUUGGUGCUAUUGUCUUGAAUCACAAAAGAGAGUUGCUUGUUGUCCAAGAAAAUAUCGGUAGACUAAAGGGAAGUGGUGUAUGGAAGAUCCCUACUGGUGCUGUUGACGAGGGUGAGAAUAUAUUUGAAGGUGCAAUAAGGGAGGUAAAAGAAGAAACUGGAAUUGACACACAAUUUCUGGAAGUGCUUGCAUUUAGGCAAAUACACAAGUCAUUUUUUGGCAAGUCAGAGCUGUUCUUCAUUUGCAUGAUGCGCCCUUUAUCUUUUGACAUCCAAAAGCAAGAGUUAGAAAUUGAGGCAGCCCAGUGGAUGCCAUUUGGAGAAUAUGCCGCUCAGCCUUCUAUUCAGAAAGAUGGUCUAUUCAAUUACAUCAAAGAUCUAUGCUUAGCAAAGGCAGAAGGAGAUUACCAAGGAUUCACUCCUUUGCCAAUAACAUCAUCAGUUUUUGAUAAUCAUAUGAGUUUCCUCUAUUUCAGUAAGGAUGGUCUGGACCAAGAAAGUUCUGUUAGCCUAAGAAUGUCAAACUCCCAGUCUGCUCAAUUGAACGUUGACGCUGAGUCAGGCCAUCACGGCGAGAACAAUAACGUGAUGCCUAGUAAUGAUGUGCCUCCUGUUGAGCCCAAUGAUGUCCCAGCCACCGGCCCGGUCGAUGCUAACUCAUAA